CUCCUUCCCUAGGCCUCCUGCUCCACGACGUGACCAUGGCAGGCCUGCAGGAGCUGCGAUUCCCGGAGGAGAAGCCGCUGCUCCGGGGCCAGGACGCAACCGAGCUGGAGAACUCCGAUGCUUUCCUCUUGGCUGUGGACACAGACUGGAAGGAACACGACAUUGAGACGCCCUACGGCCUUUUGCACGUGGUGAUCCGGGGCUCCCCCAAGGGAAACCGUCCAGCCAUCCUCACCUACCAUGAUGUGGGCCUCAACCACAAGCUAUGCUUCAACACCUUCUUCAACUUCGAGGACAUGCAGGAGAUCACCAAACAUUUUGUGGUGUGCCACGUGGAUGCCCCCGGACAGCAAGUGGGAGCGUCACAGUUUCCUCAGGGGUACCAGUUCCCCUCCAUGGAGCAACUGGCUGCCAUGCUUCCCAGCGUUGUGCAGCAUUUUGGGUUCAAGUACGUGAUUGGCAUCGGAGUGGGAGCCGGAGCCUAUGUGCUGGCCAAGUUUGCACUCAUCUUCCCCGACCUGGUGGAGGGGCUGGUGCUGAUGAACAUUGAUCCCAACGGCAAAGGCUGGAUCGACUGGGCAGCCACCAAGCUCUCUGGCCUGACUAGUACUUUACCUGACACAGUGCUGUCUCACCUUUUUAGUCAGGAAGAGCUGGUGAACAACACGGAGUUGGUGCAGAGCUACCGGCAGCAGAUUGGGAACGUGGUGAACCAGGCCAACCUGCAGCUCUUCUGGAACAUGUACAACAGCCGCAGAGACCUGGACAUUAACCGACCCGGGAUGCCCAAUGCUAAGACUCUCCGCUGCCCAGUGAUGCUGGUGGUCGGGGAUAAUGCGCCCGCUGAGGAUGGGGUGGUGGAGUGCAACUCCAAACUGGACCCAAGCACCACGACCUUCCUGAAGAUGGCAGACUCUGGGGGGCUUCCCCAGGUCACACAGCCAGGGAAGCUAACUGAAGCCUUCAAAUACUUCCUGCAAGGCAUGGGCUACAUGCCCUCGGCCAGCAUGACUCGUCUGGCACGCUCUCGUACCGCGUCCCUCACCAGUGCCAGCUCAGUGGAUGGCAGCCGCCCGCAGGCCUGCACCCACUCAGAAAGCAGCGAGGGACUGGGCCAGGUCAACCACACCAUGGAGGUGUCCUGUUGAAGCCCUCGGUCCCACCGAAGACACCCACCUGCCCACCCGCGUCGAGGUCCCACUGCCAUCUUUGCGCCAGCUCAUUUUCCCUUUAGUUUAUUUUUGUGGGGGCAAAGGGGUUACUUCUCUUGUGUGUGAAAAAACAAGGGGAUCCAUCUUAGAUGCUGCAGCGGAACAGUCUCCAGAUGGUUUGAGGGGCUCACUCCUCCCCCCAUCCCACUCAACAUGCUGACCUGGCUGACUCCUGCCAUCCCACUCCCUGUGGCCCAGGCCUGGGCAGGGGGGAGCAAUGGGAGGCAGGAGAUGAGUGAAGCAUCCAGACUGUUCCUGGAUUCAAGCUAGUUCACCUUGGGAUGAGCCCUUGGACAGGCAGGUUUGAGGAUGGGAGGGGCUUUGAGGGGGUGGGUCCUGGGCCAGCAGGAGCACGAGUCCGGCUCAGGCCCUGGUGUGGGAGCUGGAGUGCCCUUCCCCCACCCGUCACCAAGCACACCUGUUUGUCUUGUAGCACAUGUGACAAUCAUCUGGACAGUGGCCACAAGGGGUGCUCUGACCAGGCAGCGGUUUUCCUGGUGCUCUGGGCCGGGCUGGUGCUGUAGGGCCAGGCAGGCAGGGGCUGAAGGGGUUUAUCUGCCUAAGGAAGACAGAACACGGAGAACCCUGAGGGCAGGAAUGCCAGACUGUCCCUUCUAGCCCACACACUCUGCCCCCUCCUGACCCUGUCCCAUUUCUGAGCCGAGGUCUCCCUGAGGCGGAAGGUCACCUGGUCCUCUGGUCUCCAUAGUGACCUGACUAGAGGGUGAGGGAGAAGGCUGGGAUGGCCAGUGUGUGUUGUGUGCACCCCCAAGGACUUUGCGGUGACUGCCUUUGAGAGCCAGCAGGUAGCCAGAGGCACGGGAAGCUGAGAGUCUUUGUAGACCCCUCUUUGCCCCCAAGUUCCCUAGAGGACAACCCAGUCAGCAGCAACGUGGUAUUUCUAGGCAGAGCUCUGGUCAAGUGUGCCAGCGGUUCCUGUAGGCAUCGUUGACGAAGAGAGUUUAUUUGGCAAGAACUGGCCCGAGGCAGCGAGGCUUCUGCAGCCCCACAUCCACAUCUCCGCCUGCUGGACAGGGCUUGGGCUAGGACUUGCUGGGUCCUGGGUGUGGGCUGAAGGUCCUUGAAGUGAGCGAGUGAUGAGUGCCAGGUAGAGGAGAAAGGCUCUCCACACGCCCCAGCCCCCUCCUGCCCCCCGAAGCCCAGGACUGUGCCGUAUAUGUCCCGUCUACCCACCUUACCCAGGAGACUCUCCUGGCCCAGAAACCAGAGCCAUUCGCCUUGGAGCCUAGAUCAAUGGUCACAAACCCCGAAACAGGAGACAGCGAUGGACAAAUGAAGGGCUGUGGGGGGGGGCUGUGGGGUGUUCUGAGGCUGAGGACACCUACAUCCAUGUUUCCUCCAUACACAUCACCCUCCUAGAAUCUUAAGCCAUGACUAGACUGCUCUAGAGCCUUGUGGAGUGUUCGUCUGUCCCAGUUCUAUUCACUCACGUGCUUCCUUUGAACACUGAAUGUGACUGUUUGAAAGCUGGUAGAAUUAAUCCCUCUUACUGUAGAUAGCAAUGCGAAUCUUGAAUUUCUUUUUUUUUUUUUUGCUGUGUUUUCAGGUGAGAUGUCUAUAAAUAUACAUUAUAUAUAUAUGUAUAUCAGGUCCUCCUGCAUAUGGUUUUCCCUCGGAGGUUGUCUCUUCUUUGGUCAAGGUAAACUUUUAAUGGAGUUUAUUAUUUUCUUCUCUGUACAAAACGAAGAGCCUACUUUUGUGUAUUCUGGUGGUUGAUGUCAUGAGACUUUGAGAUGACAAAAUGUAAACAAGAUGAAAAUCCUUGUCAACGUAGAAAGAGUUAACUGUGCUGAAAAACUAAUAAAGAGCCUAAGAAGAA